AUGUCCAAUGUGUCUCCUCUUCAUCACCAGUGUGUCUCCUCUUCAUCACCAGUGUGUCUCCUCUUCAUCACCAGUGUGUCUCCUCUUCAUCAUCAGUGUGUCUCCUCUUCAUCACCAGUGUGUCUCCUCUUCAUCAUCAGUGUGUCUCCUCUUCAUCACCAGUGUGUCUCCUCUUCAUCACCAGUGUGUCUCCUCUUCAUCACCAGUGUGUCUCCUCUUCAUCACCAGUGUAUCUCCUCUUCAUCAUCAGUGUGUCUCCUCUUCAUCAUCAGUGUGUCUCCUCUUCAUCACCAGUGUGUCUCCUCUUCAUCACCAGUGUGUGUCUCCUCUUCAUCACCAGUGUGUCUCCUCUUCAUCACCAGUGUGUCUCCUCUUCAUCACCAGUGUGUCUCCUCUUCAUCAUCAGUGUGUGUCUCCUCUUCAUCACUCAUCAGUGUGUGUCUCCUCUUCAUCAUCAGUGUGUCUCCUCUUCAUCACCAGUGUGUCUCCUCUUCAUCAUCAGUGUGUGUCUCCUCUUCAUCACUCACCAGUGUGUGUCUCCUCUUCAUCACCAGUGUGUGUCUCCUCUUCAUCACCAGUGUGUGUCUCCUCUUCAUCAUCAGUGUGUCUCCUCUUCAUCAUCAGUGUGUCUCCUCUUCAUCAUCAGUGUGUGUCUCCUCUUCAUCACUCACCAGUGUGUGUCUCCUCUUCAUCAUCAGUGUGUCUCCUCUUCAUCACCAGUGUGUCUCCUCUUCAUCAUCAGUGUGUCUCCUCUUCAUCACCAGUGUGUCUCCUCUUAAUCAUCAGUGUGUCUCCUCUUCAUCACCAGUGUGUCUCCUCUUCAUCACCAGUGUGUGUCUCCUCUUCAUCACCAGUGUGUCUCCUCUUCAUCACCAGUGUGUCUCCUCUUCAUCACCAGUGUGUCUCCUCUUCAUCAUCAGUGUGUGUCUCCUCUUCAUCACUCAUCAGUGUGUGUCUCCUCUUCAUCAUCAGUGUGUCUCCUCUUCAUCACCAGUGUGUCUCCUCUUCAUCAUCAGUGUGUGUCUCCUCUUCAUCACUCACCAGUGUGUGUCUCCUCUUCAUCACCAGUGUGUGUCUCCUCUUCAUCACCAGUGUGUGUCUCCUCUUCAUCAUCAGUGUGUCUCCUCUUCAUCAUCAGUGUGUCUCCUCUUCAUCAUCAGUGUGUGUCUCCUCUUCAUCACUCACCAGUGUGUGUCUCCUCUUCAUCAUCAGUGUGUCUCCUCUUCAUCACCAGUGUGUCUCCUCUUCAUCAUCAGUGUGUCUCCUCUUCAUCACCAGUGUGUCUCCUCUUAA